CAAGAUGUCAUCUGUGCUCCAAAAUGUCAAAGCAACAGUGGCGUGGAGGAAACACCGGCUCCUAGCUGACCUCAAUGAGAAUGAGAGCCCAGUGCCUGACAAAUUCAAGAGAAGAGCCUCUCUGAGUUCUCUCAAUACCAUUCGCAUGUCUUUAAGGAAACGGGUACCAUUAAAGCAAGUCAAUCUGAGUUUUCAUAAAACCCCAACUAGGGAAAGUCUGGAACCAAGGCAGAGGUGCCAAACUCUUCAGACUAUUACAAGAAGAGCAAAACAUGCUUUUGGAGCAGUGUCCCAGAAAAUACAGAAGUCUUGCCAAAGCCCAGUAUGCUCAAUGGUGACCUUUCCAGCUGAAUCCAUCAGCAGAAGCUGUGCGACCAGUUCUACCAAAAAAAGAACUGCUACACCUGGAACACCUUGCUCUAAGAACAUUACUCCAGCAGCCAGUUCCAAAGGAACUCCAAGGUCCAGCAAAAGGGCCUUGCUUGGGCCAACAAGGGUGUCAGAACAUAGAGAAUGGAGGGAUUUCUCAUCCUGGCUUGGUAAAAAUGCUGUCUCUCUUCGGAGAUCCAGAAGAGCAGCAUCACUGAAGAGCCCUUAUUCAUCUGCUCCUUCCAGCAGAAAGAUAGAGUUUGACUGUGACUUGGAACUGGUCUCCUCAGGGAUUUGCCAGUUGAAGCGUAUCUCUCAAGCAUUCGAUGAUGCCAUUGUGAAAGAGGAGAGGCAACAAGCAGUAUCAAACUACUACUAUCUAAUGGCACAAAACUCAAAGUCUGUACAUCGAUCCCUGAAACCAUCUCAAGCUAUCAGAAGGCAAGCAAAGAAACUCCAUCAAGCACUUGGUACCUAGACAGAGAUGGCUGUAACUAUUUUUUCAUGUUUCCAAGUUUAUGAGCACAUAUAAGAGAGAGCCAUUACACUUUUUUUUCUUUGUAUGAAACAACUCAGGAAUUCCCUUAUUUCCUCUUUUCAAGUAAAGAGAGAAUCAAAGUAGUACCAACCACAGUGUAUUACCUCCACUGAGAUGAGGGAACUGUCUUGAAAGUGACUUUCAUGAGGUAGUGAGUACUUAGAAAAUGAUGCUGAACUGGCCAGUAAGAAUGGCCAAAGCAAGGGCUUAUGACAGACUUACGAAGGGUAAUCCCAGGUAAGAGUAGUGCUUAAAUUGGUAUCCAGCAGCCACAAGAUUUAGCACAAAUACUUUCCAUGUGAAAAAGAUUGGUCUGUUAUUUUGGAAGCCUAACUUGCUGGGGUUUCUUUGUUACUAGCAAACUAAAGUUAUUCAUCAUGUUAGCUGGAAGUUAAUAAAACAGUAGUGGCUUCUUUGAGUUCUAAGCAAAACUGCCAUUCCAAAGCAACAGGAUUCUGUGGAGUCACUCAUGCCACAAGAACAGAGCCAUUUUAGGACUCUUACUUCAUGGCCUUAAGGAUUAGCCAUCUAAUCCUAUCUUAGGUAGUCUGGCUCCAGACAAAUUAAACUUUGUCAUUUCUUACUGAUGCUUUAGACAGCAUCUUGGCAGUUGAGUUAAACAUUGCUUUCGUGGCACAUCUUUUAGUUACACAGGGAAAUUUGUUACUACAAUUAAUGUAACCUCUUGCAACUACUGUUAUUAGCUAAUAUCACAGUGGAAGUAUUUUGAUUAUGUAUACUUAGCAUUUGAUACCUGUAUUUUGCUUCUAAUUACUUUAAAAAAAUUAACAUUCAUUUGACAAGCCUUUUUUGGUAGGUCAUUCAGGAUAAUGAAGUUUAGUCUUUCACGUGAAAGUAAGGAUUUGUCAGGUUUUUAGAAUUCAACAGCAGGGCUGUUUUCCAUGGUAAGCUUUGUGCAGGCUUCUCCAGUAAGUUCACUCUAAAAUGAACUUUUAAAAAAAAGACUGAUUUGGGAAACUUUGCUCUACUUGAUAAUUUUUAAAAUGUGCAUGUGACCUAGUAGUUCCAGUGUUACUAACAUUUUAAUGGUAUUAGGUAUAAAUAUGAAAAGCAUUCAAUUAUAAUUUAUGUAUUUGUAUUGAUUUUUAAACUUGCUCAGCAUUUUUUUUUUUUUCUUGUCAAAUGAACCCAUUUUAAAACAUCGAAACUGUUAAUGAGGCCUGGAAAUAUGAAAGCAACCCUUCCAGCCUGAAGACUUCUGGACUUUCAGAUGACUGAGAAUUUUAGCUUGUGUUAUUUCUUCAUGUAGUGUUUGUGUGUGUUUUGUGGGAUUUUAAACAACUUUUCUAUAUGGAAGUAUAAGUAUAGUAUAUACUACUGUAAGGAUACAGUAUAGUAUCUCCAAGUUGUUCUUUGUUUGUCCUGAAACUACUUCUAUAAAGCUUUCACAAAGAUGUUGUCUCAUUAGUGAAAUGCCUUCUUUUAGGACUUUUGAAAAGGAAGGAGGGUUGGAGGUUUUUGAGAAGUUGACCUCCAAUCUAAGUAUUAUUUCAGACAGAUCAAACAGCCUCUAUUUGUAAUGUUUCCACCAGCUACUCGGACAUGUACAAUCAUGAUUCAAUAUUUAUCAAAUUACUGGUAAGAAAAGUCAGAGACACUGUUUGUUUAAAGGCAAGGAAGGUUUUAUUUAAGUGGCUAAUCUGUUUUAAGAUUUUAAAAACCAGCUCACAUCAAAAUCUAUAGCAGUUGUAGAAAUCUUACUCCUUAUUUCAUAUUAAGAAAUUCAUUAUUGUACAUUUUUGAAUCUUUACAAGGCAGCCAUAAGAAAUAUAAACAUUUGUCACCAGAUAGAACCUUCUCACUGACAAUAUUUAAAAGUAUGCACUUAAUAAAACUAUAGACUGAAAGAACACCUACAUUUUCAAGUUUCCUUGUGUAUUCAGUUGUAAGGGGACUGCCCCUUUUCACCCCCACAAACAGAAAAACAAGUUAUGCAUAAGACUUGGGGUUCUGUGAGAAGACUGCCAUUCUGGGCUGUAUACCAGUCAUCCAGGAAUAACAUCACUUUUCAAACUUGCUAUCUGUAAAUCAUGUUUCAGUGUUGCAAUCUCUAGUAUACCAUCUCCCAGCAUGUCACAGUAAACCUGCCUCUCUCUUUUCCCCCUCCUAUGUUCUAUACAUCCAUACAAAUGACAAAUGAACUGUGGAAUUUAUCUUCCCCAACCCUCCAAAAUUCCAUUCAGUUUCAAGGAUAGCUUAUUGAGAUUAAUACAAGUACUGUGUAAACUGUAAUAAUCCUGUCUGGGCUUGACCUAAAAUGAGUGAAAGAGCCAACAAAGGACUUAAAUUCCAGUGUCCAUGCACAGGAUUCUAGCUGUUCCAGGCCUUUUUUCUGAAAAACAGGUAUUUUAGUGCAGAAAAAUGUGUUAUUACUUCCAUUUUUUAUUGGGGGUGUGUGUGUGUGUGUCUGAAUUCAGGCUCAUCUAUAGAACGUAGUUACCUCGAGUGACUAAACAUAAUGGACAUCUUAAUUACCUCGACAAACCCACAAUUUCUGCUUAAGCUUUGAACACAGACCAUGAGGAAUCACUGCUCUUAGAGAAGCUGAGAAGAUAGGCUGGAAGGUUUUGUGUGUGUAGGAAUUCUACCCUGUACCAGCUCCAGAUGAGGAUGAAAGUGCCACUUUGUCCCCUGCAUGCCUGACAUGAACAAUUCAAUGCAAGAUCUUGAGUUCAGAUGCCACACGUCAGUCUCUAAUCAGAAAAAUCAUGAAAUUGUGGUGCAUAAUCCUCAUCUCUCCAUUAUCAGGCCAAUGAGGUUACUAAAAAGAUACCCAUGCUCCAAUCAUCUAGUCAUAUGAUGACGUGCUCACCUUUCUGCAGCCUAGAUGGCAAGAGGGAAAAAUAAACUGGGGAAAAUCCUACUUGUAACAACUGUUGGACCUACAAAUUUUAAAAUGCAAAAUACCCACUGGUUUCAGGUUUUGUUUUAAAUGCUUAUUAAAAACAGCUUUUAGCAAAUUUAAAACAGAAAUGGUAUAGAAA